UUGAAAACAAAAAUAAAUAAAAAAAUAUGUAAUAGAUUUUAUGAAUUAUAGCAAAAGAGUAAGAGAGAGAAAAAUUUAUUUAAGAGAACGGGAAAAGUAGUUCAGCAAAUAUGAAUAAAAGUGUUAACAUUUAAAACAUAUAAAUUAAAAUAAAACCAAAUUAAAAAUAAUAAAUAAAAAUAAGAAGGGAAUGUAUCAAUCUAUCAAUGUGCCAAUAAAUUAAAUCGCAUACGUACAUCUUUGCAUAGUACAGUACAUAUUGCUACAAAUAAAUUAAAAACAAAACAAAAAAAAGAACUCGUAAAUCUGAAAUUUUAUUUAUAUCGGAAAGUGUUAAAACGAUGCGCAAUUGUUUUACAAAAAUCACAAAUGUAUUUCGUAAAAAACCAAUACAACAAAAUCAACCUGAAAACAGUCGUUUAAAUGGAGAGGAAUUUUUGCAAUCGCCCCUUCAUUACGAGGGCGCCGGUAAAGGUGAAUACAAAACAACAACAACAUUAAAAACGGCAAACACAACGACAACAACAGCAUGUAUUAUAGUAAACGAAUGUUCGGAUACGAACGAUUUUGAUAAGCGGCCGGGCAAUAAUAGCAGCAAUGAUUACUACCACGAUGGUGAUAGUGAUAAUAAUGAUAACGGCGAUAAACGAAAAAACGUAAUUGAACAUCGAAAGAUAAGCGGUAUUGUGGCAACAGAUAAACAGAAGGCUGUUAAAACUACAAGCCAAAAGACGCCAAGUCUAGGAAGAAAUGCUACUGCUAACAAUCACACCGAUGAUAAGCCACUCAUUUUUCCCCAAAACAGCCAAAAUAAUUUGAAAAAUAAUAUAGAUACAGACUUUACCAAUCCUUUAGAGCAAACGAACCUUCAAGACUUACACCCGACCACAAUUAAAAACAAUGAUGCGGAAACUAAUAAACUUUUACAGCAAAUUAAAACCACAACGACCCACACAAAAUUAACAUCAGCCACUAAUGACCACCAAAGAAUAGAAUCAAUCACGCAAAUAACUGGGACAGCCAGAGAACACAACAAUAAUACUUCACACACAAGUGAGGAGCACAAAACGCACACUUAUAUUCAUGAAUACAAAUCAUUUGUCGAAGACAAUAGAAGGAGUUUUAUCAACAGUCCAUUGCCUCUUUCUCUACCCCGAGACAUUGAAUUGUUCGCUAGUGAAGAGAUACUCAAGCGCCCCACAACGGCUGCAAGUCAUAGCAACAACAACAAUAACAAACACUCAAUUGAAAAGGACUUGAAAUCCAUCCCAUCCUCUAUCGCUGAAGCAGCCAAUUCAUCAAUUGUGGUAAACAAUGAGGUUGUUGAAGCCAAGACUCCAGAGGAAAUUGAAUACGACGCCAAAGUGGCUGCAGAAUUUGAAGAUGUUAUGACGCCACUGCCAACAGAUACUCAAACAAAACACCUGCACCCAUUAGCCUACGGACGAAACGUUCAACCGGUUAUAGUCGAAGUAAUACGCAAUUUAGAUGCCAAUACGUUGCGCAUUAACAAUUUGACACUUGACGACAAAGUCGAGUUGUUGCAGCGUUAUGAAUGUAAACAUCAGCAUCGUAGACACAGCCGUGGAAAUAACCAUAACCGCUUAAUGCCAACAGAAGUAAACAUUCAAAAUGUUAAGCAAAGGCAGCAACUACAGCAACCAAAUGAUGACGUUUCAUCUGACUCUGAUAUCGCUGAUGUUGUAUUACGUCGUAAAUGUCAAAAUACAAAUAGAAAUGAUCAUUCUAAAUCUGGAUUAUAUGAGCGACGUCAACCAAAAGGGCCAAAACUUAAAUUAAUUUUGGAAAACAACAUCACCACUGAAAUAAUUCCAAACAAGUUAUCAAAGAAAAGUGAUCAUGAAAUUGAGCGCAAUGUUUUUGAAAUAAAAUACCCCACAGUGUUACCACCGAAUCCUAAUCUCAAGGCUCUUUUGAUCUUUCCUAAAAGCGAUAAUAUUUGCGAGGUGAUGCAGCAAGCAUGCAACCGUCAACAUUUGGAAGUUACAUUAGUGAAGUCAAAAGAAAGCGCCAUGGAAAGUCUUUGCAGUGCCACAGAAUGUUAUCACAUUAUUAUAGUUGAUGCACGCUCUGCAAAACAUUUAGAUGCUGAACACAUUGCCAGAUCUAUUCGUCACAUGAGUGGCCAUCAUUUUACGACAAUAAUAGCUGUGGUUAAAAAGAGCAUUUCGGAAAGAGAUGAUGUACUGAAUGCAUUAUUAGACGCUGGCGUUAAUAGAUGCAUGGCUGAAAGCACAAAUUUAUCAAUGUGCACAAUGGAAUUAAAACAGACUCUCCACUCUAUAGUUCGACCACAUAAUGUUAUAUCAACUCAACAGACACUUUAUACGGCAUUGCAUAGGCUGAAGGAAGUUCUCAUAAUUACAGAUGAUCUCUUAAGAAUUCAGUACGCCAAUAGAUCUGCGGAAAGAUUGCUCAAUAUGCGAUUGGAUGAAAUUAUAAACAAACCUCUUGCCGAAAUUUUUGUAUCGGACGUUUCCUCAAUUAAUCACAAUACUGGCAAAGGCAUACGAGAAUUCGAUGGUAUACUAACAGUUAAGAGAAAAAAUCAAGAUGGCAUACCAAUGCAUGUACGGGUAGUACCAGUAGCUUGUAUUGGCAGAACUCCUACACAUUUUGUUUUCAAUUUCGAUGUACCUGGUGGGCAGACGGAUUUCAUUGCAACCCUACCACAACCCAAAGAAGCACCUCGUGGUUCACUCCACUCUAUACGACGAGGAAGUUUCGAUGUUCGAUCAAUUGCCUCAGAUGGUCUAAGGCGUACAAGUUUAGCUAAGCUAACUUCAUUACCUUUAGAGGCACCUAUAACAAAGAUAAUAAAUUUACUCUCGCAAGUACAGGAGAAUUGUUCAGCAGAUGAGGCGCGACUUAUUGAUAAGGUUUUGGAGUUUUUAAAACGUGAAGGAUUAUACAGCCCACAAAUGAAAGAAAUCCGACCAGAUGACCCGAUUGCAACUGAUCUAAUUGGCGCCCUUCUAACUGGGCCAAACGUUUAUUCAUCUCGACGCAGCUCGAAUGACUCAAUCGUAAAGUCUGGUCGUACCUGCAAUAGUACAAACACUCCUGGAAUAAUGCCAGCAAAAAUGAAGGCAACCCCUCUCAUUAUGGAAAUACUGGAAGAAUCUCUAAAUUGGGAAUUUAAUAUAUUUAAACUGGAAGAAGUCACCGAAAGGCAUCCACUUUUGUAUUUGGGCAUGGAAAUAUUCAGGCGUUUCGAUGUUUUCUGCACUCUUGGAGUGGAUGAAACCGUAUGUAAAAAUUGGCUAGCUCUAAUGGAAAGUCAAUAUCAUGCCGAUAACUCCUAUCAUAACAGCACUCAUGCAGCGGACGUUAUGCAGGCAACUGGUGUUUUUAUAUCACAACUUGCAGCCAAAGACUUAGUUAUGGAUCGUUUGGAAGAGGCUACAGCAUUAAUUGCAGCCGUUGCCCACGAUGUUGACCAUCCUGGACGUUCUUCAGCUUUUCUCUGCAAUUCAAAUAGUCCAUUGGCUAUAAUGUAUAACGAUUUAACCGUACUCGAAUCGCAUCAUGCAUCAACUACUUUUAGACUGGCUUUAGCGGAUGACAACGUCAAUAUUUUUAAGAAUUUAGACAAAGAUACUUAUAAAUUGGCACGAAGUACUAUUAUCGAUAUGAUUUUGGCCACUGAAAUGACACGCCAUUUUGAACAUUUGGCAAAAUUUGUUAGUGUGUUUGGCGCUGAAGUUGAGCCCCGAGAUAUCGUACAAACCGAAGAAGAAAGUUCCAUACUAAUGCGGCGUAUGCUUAUUAAAGUAGCCGAUGUUAGCAAUCCAGCUAGGCCAAUGAUUUGCUGUAUAGAAUGGGCACGACGUAUAGCCGAAGAAUACUUUACGCAGACAGACGAAGAGAAAGCAAAAGAUUUACCAAUCGUCAUGCCAAUGUUUGAUCGUGCCACCUGCAGUAUACCAAAAAGUCAAAUUGGUUUCAUCGAAUACAUCAUACAGGACAUGAUGCAUGCAUGGGACAGUUUCAUCGAUAUGCCUGAAUUAAUAACGUACAUGCAAAUCAACUAUUCACAAUGGAAGAAAUUUGAAGAACAGGGUAUUCACACGCUCGCCGAAGUUAAGGCAAAGCAAAUGUCUCUUAUGAAUAAAAAGUCUGCUCUGAAAUAGCACAUGGCCUUUAAGAGACUCUUCUCGGGACUUCUAAAGCCUCAACCGCUGCAACUACAAUGUGCAUUUUCGAUUGGUGAAAAUGAAAUAGAAGAGUAUGUUCAAAAAUAAAUCGCCUCAGACUCAUUCAGAUGUAUCAAACAUAUGAGUAAAAGCUAUAUUUCUCUAAUAAAAACAAUCUACAGCUAAACGGAAUCACCUACAAAAGAUGUCGCAAAGGUCACACCUGCUCAAAAACAAAAAAAUAAAUAAUUUAAGGCAUUAGUUUAUUAUAUGUUUAAAUCUUGAAAAAAAGUUUUCUUUACAUUUUAACGAUGACUUGUGCUACUGAUUUUUCUCACUAACGUCCACUAUUACCAAUCUAUAUAUCAUCUUGUGUCAUAUCAUUUUUAAAUUGGAUGUUGUGUUAUUUCUUUUUCAUAUACUUAGUCGUAUUCAUCACAUCUCUUAAGAAAUUAACUCCAAUAAUGUUUUUCUAUGUUUAUCAAGUUAAUGUUCACUAUUCUUAUCAUUGACAAAUAUUACAACUUAUAAAAGAAAAUAAUUAAAAAAAUAUAUAUAAAUUUAUAAAAGUUUGCAUAUCUUUUAAAUGUAUGUAUGUACAUAGCAAAUCAAUAUUAAAUUUGUAUCCAUGAAAUUUUAACAUUAUAUAUAUCUAUAAUAAUAGAACGAAAUAUAAAUGUUUUAUUUCACUUUUGGGCUGGACUCAACUUUAAACUUCACAAAUGUUAACUUACACACACCUUUUAUAUUCAUGUAUGUAUGUCUGUCUGUAUGUAUGUAAGCCUUAAUAUAUAAAUAUGUUUAAUAUUAAUACAUAGUUGUUAUAAAAAUAAAAAAAUUGAAUGAAAUUUAGUCAAAUAUUACUA